AGACUCUCGGGUAAAGUGGCUAUUGUUACUGGUGCUGCAAGCGGUAUCGGUUUUGAAACUGCCGUGUUAUUUGCAAAGGAAGGAGCCAAAGUUGUGUGUGCCGAUUUAAAUGUGGAUGGCGCUACAAAGACGGUUGAGAGAAUCAAUCAGCUCUUUGGAAGCAACCCUGCCAUUGCUGUCAAAGUGGAUGUUUCCAAGGAAGAUCAGGUCCAAUCGUUGGUG